AUGGUGUGGUUAUCUGAUUCAUAUGCACAAUGGUAAGCAUGUGCCUGCAGUCUUGUUGGUUGCUUGAUUCAUUUCUUUAUGGUUGCAGGUAUAAAAUCCCAUGAGCCUGACUGAUCCAAUAUGAGACUUUGUCUGAGUUCUGUCUACUCCUGCGUGUGACUUGCUCAGAAGAGUGUGUACACAGUUGCUAUUGUGGAAUACAAAUUAGUACUUUUGCACACAGAAGGUCCCAAGUUCAAGCCACUUAAAAGGACCUUGUUUAAUAAAUAAUGAAAUAAUAAUAAAGUUUUUCAAUGUGCUAAAUUGAGGAAGGCUACUAGAAUGCACAGAUUCCUAUAGGGUUAUAGUGAAUUUCCGAAUGACAAUUGGAAUGAAUUAAUCAAAUGUGAUUAGUUGUUUACACACUGACUACUACUAUUAUUUUGGGGUGGGUGGGGAAGCAUCUUUAAAUGUCAAAAAAUUGAGCAUCCAAAUGGUCACUGGCAUAGGAUGUAUCUUGUUAAAUCUCUCCUCCUACCCUUGGUUGCAUAAAAUACCAAGUACAUUGUCAAGUGUUUGUAGGGGUGAGUGGGAGACUUUGACACACCUAUCACCAUUUUGCAACUCUCUUGAUUGCAGGUGAGGGUAGAAAUGACUGGAGGUGAUUGGGCAGCAUACAACCUUUGUCCAACGCCUUGCUGUGGCCAUUUGGAAGAGCAGUAGUUUUCUGCUUGGUCAUUUUGGCCCCUGAAAAUCACUACAUAGGCAACACAUCCCUCUUGACUUGAUGCAUUCCGGUAGUCAUUCAGAAAUUCAGUAUGUUCCUGUGGCCAAUAGUGUUCAUUCAGAAAUUCACCACGUCCCUAAAAUCUGCCCGACACCAGUCGGGAGUAAACAAUGCUGGGCUAGAUGUACUGAUGAUCUGAUUCAAUAUAAGAUAGCUUCAUGUUGAAAUAGUUGUCCUUCAUCUCCAUGACAUUGGUUGUGCAAAGUUGGGAUUCCAACAAGCACCCCUAGGACAUGUAAAAUACUUUGGUGGGCUGCAUGUUUCUUGCAGAGUGUUAAGUAUGCACACACACAAAAAUGUAAGGGAUUUUUUCCCCCUGUAAAAGAAGGUGUGCUUUGUCUGCUGGACCACAUUGUUUGAAUGCUCUGAAGCAAGUAAAGAUGAAUUCACUAAUCUAGUGGAAAUUUGAUGCUGCUCUUCACGUGCAGUUGAACACAAUGGCAACAGUUUGGCAUGCUGCAGCUAGCAGAUUAUCACCUAGGGUCAUUCAUGGGGAAGAGUGAGGGUCAAACUAAACGUGAUUUAGAGCACUUUUUAAAAAAAAUCAGGGGUUUUUUUGCAACAGCCUACUAAUUUUUGUUGACAAAGCAGCCAGGGGCUGCAGAGGAAUCCAGAUGAGGAUUGGGAAAGAGAUUUAACUUUUUCCACCUUGCACUGCUUUCCCAACUUUAAAUAUUUUUAAAAUUGUGACAUAAUAGCUUUAUGUAUAGGGUGGUUUUUUUGGGGGGGGGGAGUUGGUGGGGGAGUUUUCACUUGGAAAAUGACAUUGGAGGAAAGCAUUAACCAUCCAUGGCCCUGCAGUUGUUUUUGUAAACAAAGAUGUUGACAGUUGCAAGCGCAUGAUUCAAAAAUGUGCUUAAAGUCACGUCUACUUUCAUCCGGAGCUGGACAGACGUGUCAGUGAUGAAUCCAGUUGGGGAAAGCAGAUGGUGGAUUAACUGUCAAAGUACUACUGUUUUUUAAAUGCUCAAAUAUGUUUUGGAAGACAAGCUUUAGGCCUGAUUCAGACACAGCAGGAAUCUACGACUUGCUGCUAUCCCAUGUGAAGAUGAGCUGUGGGUUUGCACACUUCCCCUCGCAUCCCCAUUCUUUUGUGGCUGUGUGGUUAUCUGCGCCAUCUCUUUUAAAGGAAGCACACCUUCCCAACUUUGAACAUAAUGGGAACUGUGGUUAGUUUAAAAGUAGAUGCAUCUGAUCUCCUUUCAGCAGCAAAAGGAAGAGGGAGGGAGAAGUGUGCAAGCCCAAGACUUGCCAUGGCUUGUUUGCGUCACUGUAUUCCCUUGUAAUAUGUUUGCUGUAGAACUGGAAGUGGGCUUGCUGGGUGAGUAGAUUGCAAUAAGAAAUAUAUGAUAAUUUGGUGGUAUUUGAAGUUCUUAAAAUGUCCAUUAGAAUCCUGUUAUGUGAACCUUAGUAAGCCAGAAAUCCCAGUUAUCUGAAAUCGUGUGUACAACACCACCCCAACCAUAUGUUGAGCAGAAUACCUUUGUGCCAUGAACUGUAAUGUCUGGUUUUCUAAAUGUCUUGUUCAUCCCAGGACUGAAAUGAGGCUGCUGAAUUCACUAGAAUUAAAUUUGGGUCUUGAUUUAAUUCCGCAUUGUCCUCAUUUUGCACAAAACAGAUGAACUCUCAAAGACAAGAUCGUAUUUUUUAUCUAGUAACAAGAUGAAGCCCUUUCCUUCCAAACUGGACUCUUGUUUCUUUUGAAUAAUAAAUUGUCAUGGGGAUUGUGAUUCAGUUGUUAUUCAAGAAAAUUGUCUGAAAGCAGUGUGCAAGUUUUAAAAGCAAAAUGAAGAAAUAAAAUUGAUAUGUUUGGCUCCACAGGAUGCAGACCAUUUGCCUCUGGACUCAGAAGUACAGUUUGGAAACAGCUGCUCAGGGUAAGGAGCUCAGGGUAAUGCUUAUUCAUUUGUUUGGCUUCUGACAAAUUUGCUAAUCCCUUCAUGUCAGUGGAAUGUGAGUUGCCAAGAACCAGACUCCCUUAUUUCAGUGAAGCCUGAGAAGUUAUGACUGGAUGGGGUUUAGGUUUUGGCCUCUAAAUUAAGUGUAAAUGCUUAUUUGUGAUAUUUUAAGCAAUGCAAGUGGUUGGAAAUAAUACUUGGGUCUUGCUAGUCGAAGUCCACCAUUCUUUCCACAACAUCACAUGACUGAAAAUCCUGGGCAGAACUUGCUUGUUUGAUAGAAAUGGCAAGGGCUUAAAGGUUACCCUGAUUUAAUGCCUCAACAUUAAGCCAGCAGUCUCCAUAUUUUAAACACUGUUCCAUAUUCAGAUAAUAAUGUGACCCAAGCAAAGAAUGGGGGAGGUGGACUUGAGGGUGUUGGCCUGGUGUAUAAUUGGUUGUGUCAGGCAGCCACAUAAAUUGGGGAUCCUCCAUUCUACCAGGCAAGGAGAAAACUCCCAGAGCAUCUGGAAAGUAUCUCUUUGAAACACAACAAUCAAAUCCUCUUCAAGGGGGCAAAAUCCAUCCAUCAGCCAACACCAAAGAAACGUUUGCACUUUAAGAUCCUUUUUAAUUCUUUGGAGAAUAUGGAAAAAUCCUGAACUCUUAAAUGGAGGCAGAAGAUGCAAUUUCAUGAUCUCAACAGGCGGUUGCUGAGAAACCAAGUGAAAAGUCAUCGCACCCUAAACUUUGCAUAUUUCAGAGCUGGUGCAGUGUAAUAAGCAAGGUGCCAAGCUAGAUCUGGGGAGACCAAGGUUCAGGUCCUCAACUUGGCCACGAAACUGCCUGGGUUACCUUGGGCUGGUCUCUUUCCCACCUCACAGGGUUGCUAUGAGAAAAAGGCCAUGUAUGUAGCCUUGGAGGAAAGAUUGAAUAUAUUUUAGCCACCGCAGGGAAACAGUUGAAGAACUUACAGCUUUUUUGGAUCAGUCCUGAUGUUGGCUUUUUUGUCUGUCACACUCCUCCUAAAAGCCUGUGAUGUGAAGUUAUCCCUGUCUGAAAACUCAGCUAUGAGGGAAAAUAAAGAUGCACUGAGGCUUGCCCCCUUUGCCAUCUCACAGUUGUCUUCAGUAGGAGUGAUUUCUUUUGAGAUAGGUGUGACCGCUGUAUCCUUCCCACAGCAUCGUGAUUCAAAAUUCAGCCGUUGGGCUACAUUUUCCAGUAGUUUCUUUCUCUGGCAUUGAUUUGAGAUGGAAGGGUUUCUGAAAGUGGGCCUUUCGCAACGCCAAUUCCCUUCUGGAGGCUAUUACAGUAUCCACAGGGAACUCCAAAGAUGCCAGUCGAAGGGAGAACAAUCUUUCGUCUAGUUUUAAAGUUUCUUGAAUCUGUUAGAGAUUCAUAUAUCUGAAGCUGGUAUCGGAGGCAAAGAGCUAAUGUAUUCUUGACUGGGAACAGGAUAGACAAAACUGAAUGUUCCUUGUGCCAGUAUUUUGACAUAGAUGGAGGAACUGCCUGGCCUCCUUGCAGCACUAAAAUCAUUGGAGCAAAAGAAAAUGCAAUUUUUCUACUGCCGCUUUUAUUGUGUUGUUGACUAGAAGGAGAGGCCUUGGCUCAGCGGCACGAGAAAUGCCUUGUGUUUGAGAACUAAGUUGAUCGGCUUUACAGCGUCGUAUCUUCAGGGUCACAGAGGCCUUUUCUGCAUCUGCUUGUCUGCCAUAAAACUCUUGAGCAUGGUGGGGGGUUCUGGAGAAUAAACUCUUCACAUGGGGUGCUGCUCUAACUGUUGGGCCUCUGUGCCACCCUGAACAAACCACAUGCACAAACACCCUCGAACACCCAACAUUCCCCUAUGGCUGCACAGGCCGGUAAUGAUGAUGAGCAGAUUGUUUUCCUGCGUAGGCGUUCCACCAUCACUGAACCUCUCCCUGUGAACCUUCUGAUAAGCUGUCAGGGUGUCCUGAACACAGUUUGUGUCUUCUAUGGCUGGGGGAGGGUAGUAGGGGUGGUAUUGGUGGAUGGGCACGACACUUAAGUACAGAGCGCUCUUUCCACAGUUAUGCAUAUAGCAAGCGGUUGUUGCUUUCUCAUUGGAGAAGAGGCCUUGUUGAUCACCUAAUUCCCUCUGGUCUUUUACAGGUACAGCUAAGAGGGGGAAAAAUGGUGGGGAGAACAUAGACCAGUUUUUCCAUCAUGCAGUGAUGUCUUUUCCUGCAAGAGGGCGAAGCUCCCUUGGAAUCAUACAAGCCCUUCAAGCAUAAUAUUAUAGAAUAGAAGUAGAGGGAUCUCUUGUUUUGCCUUGGAACUUUGCCUGCAAGUUGCCUCUCCAUUAACUGCAAAUGCCCUGGUAAGCAGUGUGUUCCUGCUUUUUUUGCUUCUCAAAAAAAUUCCUCUUGGGAUAUGAUUGUGGUUGUUUCUUUUCUCUCUCUGCCCCUCCCUCACCCGCUUAUGUGAAAAAGGAACAGUGACCAUUUGCCUGGGGAAUAACAAAAGCCCAUCAGCCCAGGAUACAAGGCAGAACAGCCAAGCUUUCUGUUAGGACUCUCACCCAGCAGUAGGCGGGCGAGUAGAAGACUGUAUGCACAUCUUUGCAGAGGGAAGAGCGACAGUUUUGUUAAAGCAAAUGCCAUGCCUGAUGCAAACGCCUUGCAGUGCUGCCCUGAACAUAAUCGUUCUUGUGCCAUGUGUAGGUGUCUUAAAUGUCACAUUAUUGGCAUAGUCUCAGGGCUGUUUAUACUAGAGGGUGUAAUCGGUUGAGGGAUAUAAAGCCUAAAACUGUUAACUCUUUAUAGACCGCAUGAACCACACAAGUGGAGGCAGACUUUUGUAAGGUGCAAGAAGUCCUGGUGUCAAGUUAGUAAGGGAGUUUUGGAUCGCUCUUUACAGCAUCAAAGGACUAGCAUGCCACACACAUGUUGGCACAGAGAGGGUGACAAAACAUCUGUCAAAGAGUGACAGAUGAAUGCCUGUGGGCAACAUGAAUGCUGAAGCAUUUCUAUAUGAUGGGUAUGUCCAAAGUCCGUCUCGGGGGCCUAAUCCAGCUUGCCAGUCGGUUUAAUCCGGCCCCCUGUGGCAGUUUAUUUCCUAGGGUAAAAUCCUAAAAAAACAACAACUCAGCAACUUAAAUCCUAAAAGAAGCUCAAUAACUUUGGGGUAAAAAAAAAAAAACUCAACAACUUCAAAAGGUCAGCCCCCACGGCCCUUCAUUUCAUCAAAUCUGGCCCUCUUUGAAAAAGUUUGGACACCACUGCUAUAUGACAUAAACUUAGUUCGAGGGAAAUAACAAGCAAAUAGUUUGAGGAUGAAACAGGUUUUUUUAUUAUUGGGGGGAAAAAAGCAACACAUUCCUUGAGGCUAUUUAGCUCUGCUUUUGCUGUUAAUAUUUAGUGAUCUUUUUAUGGUUUUACUGCCUACGUUGAGAAACUUCUGGGUUUUGGUGUUCUUUCACAUUGAGCACAAAAAACCUGAAGGGCAAGGUAAAAAUGGAGAACCUUUAUUUUGCUGCAGGUGCCGCUGGAAGAGAAGAAUGCAUUUCAAGAACGGAGGAGUUCUUUUUUUAUUAUGGGUAAGCAAGCUGGACUCUAUGUCUGUUUUCAUGACCAAAAAUAACUGGUUGAAGGACUCCAUUUCAUAGCUAAUGUUUGUUGCAGCUCUUGGCCUUGGCUGUGUUGCCCAUUCAGAUUUCACUGCUAGACUUUUAUGUUGGUCUCUGAAAAUACCAUUAGCUUUCUUUGCAGCAGUCCUUGAUCUCUGGCAGGUCCCCUGUCCCCCUACCUGGGGGGCCUUUCCGGUUUCCUUUUCGGCUUGAAAUCAUGUAGUGUUUGACCAAGUGCUGCUAGUAACACACUGUACUCAAGUAGCUUGUAGAAAUUAAACGGCCUGUUGCGUUAAGCAGUUUUCAGCAGGGAUACUUUGCUUUGGCCCACCACUCCGAUUUUACUAGGAGCAAAGCACUUGGUUGCAUCUCCAGCCCUUGCAUGAGCAGCCCAUAAGGAUGGUGCUGGCUGCUCCACCUGUUUUCUCGUUCCCCCAAAUGAAGAGGCAAAACAGUGCAGCUGCAGCAACAUAAACACCUGCAGUAGCAGCAAAGGUUGGACUGGGGUACAAACAUAAGAAGCAACCUUGCUGGGUCAGAACUGAGGGCCCAUCUAGUCUACCAGCAGCCAGUGAGAUGCUCCAGGAGGCUCAUGCCAGAUGUGGGUAGCCUUCAUCUGUCCUCUACAAGAUACUGCUUUGCUGCCUGUUCACAUAUGAAUUAGUUUUCCUGGCAAACAACUGCUGCUAGUCCUAGCCUCCUUGAACGUGUCUAAAUCAAACUAUUGUAACUCAGUCGGCAUUGAGAGAGAGUGUAGCACAGUGGUACCUCGGGUUAAGAACUUAAUUCGUUCUGAAGGUCCGUUCUUAACCUGAAACUGUUCUUAACCUGAGGUACCACUUUAGCUAAUGGGGCCUCCCACUGCCGCCACGCGAUUUCUGUUCUCAUCCUGAAGCACAGUUCUUAACCCGAGGUACUAUUUCUGGGUUAGCGGAGUCUGUAACCUGAAGCGCCUGUAACCCGAGGUACCACUGUACACCAUGUGUUGAAGAAGGCUGCCUUUUGGUUAGCCCUGAACAUAAUACCAAAGGGCUUCGUUGGCUGCCCAUGAAGGAAGGAACCCAGCCACAGAGAUAUGGGGUGAAUCCUUUCUGCCCUGCUGCCCAUGGGCCUCUAUGCAAGCUGCUGGAGCUCAUGUGAUCAAGUGGUUCCAACACAGCUAUUCUGGCCUCGUUCUCUUUUGCCACCCUUAUUCUUUCAGAGCCAUCAUGUUUUGAUUCGUCUCCUCUGCCAUCGUUCUAUACCUUUUACAGGUGCUGGCUUUUAAGCAGAAGGGCCUGGAAGUGCCGAGCCACCCAGAAGGGUUUUUCCUGCGUUGAGCAAGAAAGCAAACUUGAUCAGCAGCGGUGGAAAAGUGCAGUCUGCCUUGGUAGUGAACCUUAA